AUGCGUCCCCAAUACUUCUACAUGCCCGAGGAAUGUCAUGCUAAGUGGAUGGAUGAAGAUGUGGCCGUGGCACUGCGGGAUGAGCCGCUAUCUCCGAGUGGCAGAGAGCCGUCCAUCCCGCUCAAUCCUCACGAUCGCCCAGCGAUUCACCCACCUCAUUUCCGGAUAUCCUCUAAGGGCAAGAAGAAGCCGGGGCGUAUCACGGCAUCCGGGGGCUGGCUCGGCGGCGGCAUCAGCGACACAGACAAAGGCUACGGUGACACCAGUGACACAGUCAAACCGCGGCGUGCCACGGCCACCUGGGGGCUGGCUCGGCGGCGGCACCGGAGAAGAAGGCCUGACUAUGUCCCGCGUAAUGUGCUAGCGGACGCGUUGCCGAAGGCUUGGGCAGAACGAGCUGAUGGCGGCUGCGACGUUUGGGGAUUCGCCUAG